AUGCGAUUCGCUCCCUUCCUCCCGAACCCGCGCCGCCGUUGCCGCCUCCUCCUCCUCACCCUAAACCCUAGCUUCCUCGCCAUGCCGCCGGCCGCCGCCCACCUCGCCACCGCCUCCGACCCCGACGAGGACCUCUGCUCGGGCGGCGCAGCCGCGGAGGAGGCCGCCCCGCCCUCGCCCUCGCCCGUCCCUCCGCCGCCGGUGUCCGCGGAGGAGAGGGUGGAGCGCGCGUGGGCGCACUGGAGGCGGCUGGGGUCCCCGAAGUUGGUGGUGGCGCCCAUGGUGGACAACUCGGAGCUCCCCUUCCGCAUGCUGUGCCGCCGCUACGGGGCUACCGCGGCGUACACGCCCAUGCUCCACUCCCGCAUCUUCUCCGAGAACGAGAAGCACAGGUCCAUGGAGUUCACCACAUGCAAGGAGGACCGCCCACUUUUCGUUCAAUUUUGUGCAAAUGAUCCCGACAUUUUGUUACAAGCAGCAAAAAUUGUGGAACCAUACUGUGACUAUGUUGAUAUCAAUUUUGGAUGCCCACAGCGCAUUGCUAGAAGGGGGAACUAUGGGGCGUUUCUUAUGGACAACCUUCCUCUUGUAAAAUCUCUUGUACAGAAUCUAUCAGCAAACCUCUAUGUUCCAGUCUCCUGUAAAAUCCGUAUAUUCCCACGACUGGAGGAUACACUAGCCUAUGCAAAGAUGCUUGAAGAAGCUGGUGCUUCUCUGGUAGCUGUGCAUGGACGGACUAGAGAUGAAAAGGAUGGGAAGAAAUUUCGAGCUGACUGGGAUGCCAUUAAAGCUGUCAAAGAUGCACUUAGGAUACCUGUACUAGCAAAUGGAAACAUUCGCCAUUUGGAUGAUGUGAAGGAUUGCCUGGAACACACCGGUGCUGAUGGUGUGCUUUCAGCUGAAACUCUUCUAGAAAAUCCAGCAUUGUUUGCUGGUUUCCGGACAAAGGAGUGGAAAGAAGAUGGUGAUGAAGAUGAAGUUAGUGGCUUAGACCAGGCUGAUUUAGUCAUUGAGUAUUUGAAACUGUGUGAGCAGUACCCUGUUCCAUGGAGAAUGGUUCGAUCCCAUGUCCACAAGAUGCUGGGGGACUGGUUUAAGGUGCAUCCAGAAGUUAGGGAGGAACUUAAUAAGCAGUCCAAGCUCACUUUCGAGUGGUUACAUGAUAUGGUAAAGAGGCUGAAGGAUCUUGGUGGAGGAAUACCACUUUACAGAAACAAGGAUGCUCUACAGACCACAUCCAACGGGCUAGCAGCAAGCAACGCCUGAUCAUCACCUUCCAAUUUUGAUCAUUCAACCAUUCAACCAAUAGCUUACCAAUUUAUUAACCAAAGCUUGUGCUCCAAAGCAUUUGGUUUCAACUUACAUUAGUAUACGUCAAAACAUUGUUGUUGUAGUGGGGAACAACCCUUCCUUCUAAAAAAAAGAAGUUUGGUGUAUGGAAGAAGAGUUCUGAGUAAGCAAUUUUGCCUGUUGCUCAAUUGGCAUGUUUUGAGAAACUACUAUGAUCACCUUAUUGCCUGUAACACCUGAUGUAUA